AUAAUCGUAGUACGCUUCCAAUACUAGAACCUGACGCUGAAUGAAAGUCAGCUGAGUAACAACUUAGAACAAUAGAUACAAAUGAUCGCAACGUACAAGAGUACCUUCAUCCCCAUUGAGCGAUAACUGAUCGCUCAGCAGAACAACCAUGAGCACUGAGAAUCUCCCUUUCACCUCCCUCCUCAUCGACGGUCAGCUUCGAGCUGCAAGUGAUGGUCAAGUGUUUGAGACGCGGAAUUCCUACACCGGGAACGUCGUCGGGCGCGCUGCAUCAGCGACAAGCCAGGACUGCAAAGACGCGAUCGAAGCUGCUGGAAGAGCAUUCGACAAAUGGGAACAGACACCUUUGUCCCAGAGGCGCGACAUCCUCUUGAAAGCAGCGGAUCUUAUCCUGACGGAUGAAUACAAGGACAAGAUUCGUGCAGCGUUGAAAGAUGAAACGUCAGCGGUGGAUCCUGUAUUGGACUUCUUUAACGUUCCAUUGGCCGCCUCUUGGAUUCGAGAUGCUGCUGGGCUUGCUAUGCAGAUGAAAGGAGAGACAUUCCCAUCCGACAUUCCUGGUGGGCACGUUAUCGCCCAACGUCGAGCCAUAGGUGUUAUUCUAGCCAUUUCACCUUGGAACGUACCGAUAUUACUUUCGAUUCGUGCUGUAGCAGUUCCACUGAUUUGCGGUAACACCGUCGUUCUGAAGUGCUCGGAAAUCACUCCCAGGUCGCAAGCAAUCGUUGCUGAACUUUUCAAAGAAGCGGGUCUCCCUGAUGGAGUACUCAACUUCAUUUCUAUGGAUAGAAAGGACGCCUCAACCUUGACUGCAGAGAUGAUCGCACAUCCAUUGGUCCGGAAGAUCAACUUCACGGGAAGCGACCGUGUUGGAAAGAUCAUUGCUGCAGAGGCAGCAAAGUGGCUCAAACCAUGCGUCUUCGAGUUGGGCGGCAAAUGUCCUGUAGUGGUGCUCGACGACGCCGAUAUAGAGGACGCCGCACGCGCGAUCGUCUCCAGCGCACUUCUACACUCGGGCCAAAUCUGCAUGUCCACAGAACGAGUAAUCGUGCAGCGCAAAGCUUCCGAAACACUAAUAUCAGCUGUGAACAAGAUCAUGAGUUCUCUCAAGGCGGGUGAUGCCGAUAGCAACCCACUCACAGCAUUAUCCACAGAGGCGGCAGCUGAGAACGUUCUUAGUAUGCUUAAGGAUGCCAAGCAAGAUGGAGCGGAAGUCGUGGUGGGAGAUCUAACAAGGGAAGGCGCGGUAGUCCAGCCUCAUGUUGUCACGGGAGCGAAACCUGGCACGCGUCUGUGGGACAGAGAAAGUUUUGGACCUGUCGUGACGAUAGCUGUGGCCGACACUAUUGACGAGAUAGUGGAGUUGACGAACUCUUCGGCAUAUUCUCUGAAUGCUGCCCUCUGGACAAAGGAUGUUAAUGCUGCAAUCAACGUUGCAGGCCGUAUUCGAGCUGGACUUACGAGCGUGAAUGGUCCUACAGUUCAUAUUGAAGGCCUGCGUGGUCUCACUGGACUCGGUGGUGCUACUGGUUACGGUCACUUCGACGUUGAGAGCUUUACGGACGUGCGGAUGAUCGUCAUCCAUGCCCCGGGGCCGAAGCCAUACCCAGUGCUUGGAUAAGGGAUUGUAUAUUGUAAUCAUUGUUGUAGUCAACAAAUCCAAUGGAUUAUGGGUGUAUUCACUCAUGCACUUCCAUAGAGUUUAGUGUUCUUGUAUAUAUUGAAAACUGAUAGGACAAAUGGCUGGCGUACCUGUAGGACGCAGCCAUUCACAUGUAGUGGUUGUUGCCUAGAUCACGCCAGAUAAUAGU